AUGGAGCCGUUUGUUGUCAAGGGUGAUUAUGCAAAUAUAAAUUCUUUUCCACAUUCUGCGCAUCUUGGUGUCAACUGCAAGUCGGAUGAUGCUGAGAUAACAGGCAAAUGGGCUUGUGGUGCAUCUAUUGUAACCCAAGAGGCAGGAUUAACAGCAGCCCAUUGCCUUUACGGUUGCACAAAGUACAGUAAAGUUACAAUUUCCGCUGGAAAUGUAAAACCACUGGAAGGUGUUGUUACUUUAGCUCAAAAUUUCGUUGUUCACUCUGAUUAUACAAAUUUGGAAAUAGAUGGAGGUUAUGAUAUAGCCUUAGUGAGGUUCAGGAAACCUUUAAAAUUCAGUUCUAACAUUAAGCGUGUGGCUCUGAUAGAAAAGCUUCCAAUGCCGAAAGAAGCAUAUGUAGCCGGGUGGGGUAUUAUGCAUGAAAAUCCUGAUGUCUUAACAGAAUAUCUCAAAGAGGCAAAACAAUUUCUGAUGACCAGAAAAGAAUGUGGAAAAGUUUUAGGUGAUAUUCCUGUAGGCACCAUAUGUGCAAGGAAUGAAAUGGGCUAUGCAUCUCGAGGGGACUCAGGAAGUGCUCUUAUAGUCAAAGGAUUUAUUCAAAUUGGUCUCGUCUCUUAUAAAGUCCCUACAGUAAGAACAGAUCUCGUAGUCUAUACGGACGUGAGCAUGCAGCCAUUUAUUGUCGAUGGUGAUAAUGCAAAAAUAACUUCUCAUCCACAUGCUCUACAUCUUGGUAUACAGUGUAAGUCGAAUGAACGUAAGACAUUAGGUAAAUGGAUUUGUGGUGCAUCUAUUUUAACUCAUGAAGUUGGAUUGACAGUAGCCCAUUGUCUUAACGGUUGCUCCAACUACACUGAAGUUACCAUAUCUGCUGGAAAUAUAAUACGAUUAAAAGGUGUUGUUACUUCAGCUUCCAACUUCACUCUUCACCCUGAUUUUGUUGAGGCUGAUCAAAACCAAGGGAAUGAUAUAGCCUUAGUGAGAUUUAAGAAACCUUUAAAAUUCAGUUCCGAAAUUAAACGUGUAGCUCUGAUGGAAAAGCUUAAAAUGCCGAAAGAAGGACAUGUAGCCGGCUGGGGUGUUAUUCAGGAAACCCCAACUGCAGUCAAAGCAGAUCGUCUAAAAGAGUUAAAGCAAAAUCUGUUAACCAGAGAAAAAUGUAAAGAGUUAUUAUUCAUACUUCCUAAAGGCACCAUAUGUGGAAGGAAUGAAAAAUUCUAUCCAGCUGCGUAA